CUGCACUAUGAGACCUUCCUGGGCAGCAGAGCUUGUGUCCACAUGGCAGCAGCUGCCUGGCCCACUGGGUUUCUCAAUGCUCUGCUGCACACGGCCAAUCCAUUUUCACUGCCCCUGUGCAAGGGCAAUGCCCUGGGCCAGUUCUUCUGUGAAAUGCCCCAGAUCCUCAAGCUCUCCUGCUCACACUCCUACCUCAGGGAACUUGGGCUUCUUGUGGUUAGUAUAUUAGUAGUAUUUGGGUGUUUUGUGUUCAUUGUGGUGUCCUAUGUGCAGAUCUUGAAGACCGUGCUGAGGAUCCCCUCUGAGCAGGGUCGGCACAAAGCCUUUUCCACCUGCCUCCCUCACCUGGCCGUGGUCUCCCUGUUUGUCAGCACUAUCAUAUUUUCCCACCUGAAGCCCCCCUCCAUCUCCUCCCCAUCCCUGGAUCUGGUGGUGUCAGUUCUGUACUCAGUGGUGCCUCCAGCAGUGAACGCCCUCAUCUACAGCAUGAGGAACAAGGAGAUCAAGGACUCAGUGUGGCAGCUAAUGAAUGGCUGUUUUAUGAAGCAAUAA